GAAUUGAAUGUUGAGCACUAGUUUACCAUCAUGAACUCUAUCCUGGAUCGCGUAGCCAAAGAUUAUGGUAGACGGAACAACUCAAGUGUGUAUAGUAGUGGGGACGUCUUUGAGCCUUUGUCAAGUGGUAAUGCUAAGCAACGGGCAAAAUUGGUAGAAUGGUUUAAUAGUGUUCUUCCUCACUUGAGUUUGCCAAUAAAUGCUUCUGAUGAGGAUUUACGAGCAUUGUUGGUUGAUGGUUCUGUCUUAUGCCAAUUAUUGAAUAAGUUGAAACCAGGUUCUGUACCUGAGUGUGGUGGUACAGUACAUUCUCCACAGCUACGUUCAGAAAAUAUUAGAAGGUUUUUGUCUGCUAUGGAUGAAAUGGGCUUGCCCAGGUUCUACAUAUCAGACUUGGAACAGGGUUCCAUGAAGAUAGUACUGGAAAGCCUUUUAACACUUCGGGCAGAAUUUAAGCUGAAUGAUGGAGGAUACAAUUCGAGCACAGUAUUAUCCAGUAAAUAUGGGGCUGAUGCAAGCAGAAGAUGGAAAGUGUUGGAUGAAAAUUCGGGAUGUGGUGAUGUUUCAUACAUAGAAGAAUUUUCAUCAAGAACUCACUCUACCCCAUCCCCACGAGAACGGAUGAAGACAGGUUCAGAUUCAAAAUUCCAGCGAGUGUUGAGAAGUCCUGUAGUGACAGAGCCAUCAGCCGCUUUAAUACACCACGUCGGACAUAGGUUCCAUGAAGUAUUUCAGCUUAAACAAGGGAGCCACUCUGAAAUUCCUGCUGCAAGGAUUUCGGAAAUGAUGAGAUCUAACAGUUUGAAUAUUGCCCCAACGCAGUCACUUCUAAGUGUUGUAAAUGGGAUUCUUGAUGAAAGCGUUGAGAGGAAGAAUGGAGAGAUACCUCAACGUGUAGCGUGCCUAUUGAGAAAAGUGGUGCAAGAAAUUGAGCGGCGGAUAUCUACUCAAGCUGAACAUCUUAGAGCGCAAAGCAAUCUAUUCAAGUCUCGUGAAGAGAAAUACCAGUCAAGGAUCAGAAUCAUGGAAGACCUUGCAACUGGGACUAGUGAAGAGACACAGAUUGUCAUGAACCAGCUUCAUCAGAUUAAGAAUGAGAAGAGCAAAGCAGAAGAGAAGAAGAAAAUUGAGGAGCAGGAUGUGUCUAUAUUGAAAGAGAAGGACGAUCAAAUUGCCGCAUUGAAGCAAGAACUGGAAAUGGCUAUGAAGUCCUAUGAAUUGAAAGAGAAUGAAGAUCAUGGUAAAAGAAUCACAGCAUUGAAGAAAGAGCUGGAAGUAGUUAAGAAAUCAUAUGAAUCGAAAGAGAAGGAAGAUAAUAAAGAAAUUACAGCUUUGAAGCAAGAAAUGGGAACACUUAAGAAAUCAUAUGAAUUGAAACAGAAGGAAGAUAAUAGUCAAGAAAUCACAGCUUUGAAGCAAGAAUUGGAAAUAGUUAAGAAAUCGUAUGAAUUGAAAGGGAAGGAAGCUAAUAGUCAAGAAAUCACAGCUUUAAAGCAAGAACUGGAAAUAGUUAAGAAAUCGUAUGAAUCGAAAGAGAAGGAAAAACAUAAACAAGAAAUCACAGCUUUGAAGCAAGAAUUAGAAACAGUUAAGAACUCGUAUAAAUCGAAUGAGAAGGAAGAUCAUAGGCGAGAAAUCGCAGAUUUGAAGCAAGAAAUGGAAAUAGCUAAAAGAUUGUAUGAACAACACACCCUAGAAAUGAAAGAAAAGGCUACAAAAGCUCAACAAGAACUUGAGGAGAAGUUGAAGGAGGCCAUGAGCCUUUUGACAGAAUCAAGAAAUAGGAUAAAGGAACUUGAGACAUUUAUUGAAUCACAAUCUCGCAGUUGGACGAAGAAGGAGCAUAUUUACCAAAUAUUUACAGAAUUCCAUCUGGGCGCACUGCGUGAACUGAAAUUUUCUUCUCAGUCAAUAAGGCAAGAACUGGUGAAAACUCAGCAGAGCUACGGAGAGGAAUUCAAUCAACUAGGUGCAAAAGUUACAGCACUUGGACAUGCAGCUGCAAACUACUCUGCACUCCUUGCUGAGAAUCGCAAACUGCACAAUGAGGUGCAGGAGCUAAAAGGAAAUAUCAGAGUAUAUUGUCGAAUUAGGCCAUUCCUUCGUGGACAGAAGGAAAAGCAAUCAGUUGUUGAAUACAUUGGAGAAAAUGGAGAGCUGAUUAUUGUAAAUCCUUCCAAACAAGGAAAGGAAGGCCGCAGGUCUUUCAAGUUUAAUAAGGUCUAUAAUCCAGCUGCAACACAAGCUGAUGUAUAUUCAGAUAUUCAGCCAUUAAUACAGUCCGUGCUUGACGGAUAUAAUGUGUGUAUAUUUGCCUAUGGUCAGACUGGAUCAGGGAAAACAUACACCAUGACUGGCCCAGACAAAGCAACCGAGGAGAAUUGGGGUGUCAAUUAUCGAGCUUUAAAUGAUAUUUUCAGAAUUUCUCAAACGAGAGUGAACACCUUCACAUAUGAAAUUACAGUUCAAAUGAUGGAAAUAUAUAACGAACAAGUUCGUGACUUACUCUCAAGUGAUGGUUCACCAAGGAAAUAUCCUUUUAUAUUCUGCAUGCCUAAUGGAUUAGCUGUUCCAGAAGCAAGCAUGCAUACAGUAAACAAGACCUCUGAUGUCUUAAAUUUGAUGGAUAUUGGACUAAGAAAUCGAGCAAGAGGUUCCACUGCAAUGAAUGAAAGAAGUAGUCGAUCGCACAGUGUUGUCACUAUUCAUGUUCGUGGGAUGGAUAUUAAGAGUGGUUCAUCCAUGCGUAGUAGUCUUCAUUUGGUGGACCUUGCUGGAAGUGAAAGAGUCGACCGCUCUGAGGUGACUGGCGAUAGACUGAAAGAGGCGCAGCAUAUAAAUAAGUCAUUAUCUGCCCUUGGAGAUGUCAUUUAUUCUUUGGCACAAAAGAAUGCCCAUGUCCCAUACAGAAACAGCAAGCUGACUCAAGUCCUUCAGACUUCAUUAGGUGGUCAAGCAAAGACACUUAUGUUUGUACAGCUUAAUCCUGAAGUUGGUUCACAUUCAGAAACCACCAGCACAUUAAAAUUUGCUGAAAGAGCAUCCAGAGUAGAGCUAGGUGCUGCUCGAAGUAGUAAAGAGGGCAGGGAUGUAAGAGAUUUAAUGGAGCAGGUUGGAUCUCUCAAGGAAACGAUAUCUCAGAAAGACAAUGAGAUUGAGAAACUGCAGCUGAUCAAAGAUAAAAAAUAUGCUAAUACUGGAGCCGACGGCGAGACAAAUAGUACUGAUUGAGAUAACUGAAAAAUCUUUGAGGGAGCAGAGACACUUAAGUUCAAUUAUUAUUGAUAAGUUUCUUGUAUUUUUCUACUAGUGAGUAAAGCUUGUAUGAAAUUUGUAACAUUCAAGUGUUGUAUUACUAGUAAAUUAGUAACAAAGAUAUACGGAGAGAAUAAUGUUGAAUAAUGUGUAUUAGUAAUAAUGUUA